AUGGCGUCCAAGGCCGUCCCCGGGCGGGGCAUCACGCUGCCCUUCGUCGAGGGCCUGCACGGCACGCCCUUCUACUUCAAGCUGAACCCCUACGUGACGCUCUACAGUUGCGUUUUGAUCUGGGGCUUAAUCGUCUACACCAUCUCCAUGCGCUGGGACGCCUACAAGGAGUUCCAGACCUGGUUCCAGUGGGUCACGGACGAGUGGACCUGGCUCUACAUCGCGUCGCAGAACCUGUGGAUCGGCGUGCUGCUCUACAUCCUGUGCAGCAAGUACGCGAAGAUCAAGCUCGGCGGGCCAAACGACGAGCCCGAGUUCAGCCGCGUGCAGUGGUUCGCCAUGCUCUACUGCUGCGGCGUCGCCGUGGGCCUCUUCUACUACGGCGUCGCCGAGCCCAUGUGGCACUUCCACGGCGGGGGCCGGCGCUGGGGCGGCGCGCGCUGGAUGGACGCGGACAUGAACGACAACGAGAAGGCGAACCACGCGCUCAUGGUCACGUACUUCCACUGGGGCUUCCACGGCUGGGUGCCCUACGUCGUCAUCGGCGCCCUCAUGUCCAUCAUGUCCUACCGGCGCGGUCUGCCGCUGACCAUGCGGUCCUGCUUCUACCCGCUCUGGGGCAAGGCCAUCGAGGGCUGGCGCGGCGACGUCGUCGACGUGCUCUCGAUCGUCUGCACGCUCUUCGGCGUCUGCACGUCGCUCGGCCUCGGCGUGCGCCAGCUCAACAAGGGCCUCGGGCGCCUCGGCAUUUUGUUCAACGUGAAGACGCAGAUCGUCAUCGUCUGGGCCGUGACGGCGCUGGCGACGACGUCGGUCGUGCUGGGGCUGAAGAACGGCAUCGCGGCCAUCUCCUACGUCGCCUUCGGCAUGGGCAUGAUUCUCGUACUCGCGGUGCUCUUCAUGGACGACACGAUGUACAUUUUGGACGCCAUGACGACGUCCUUCGGCUACUACCUCUGCCGCAACGGCCCCGGCGCCGAGGCGUCCGUCGUCAUCGAGGGCGACAACUACGGCGGCCCCGACGGCCAGGGCGGCGACGAGGGCUGGAUGCACUCCUGGACCAUCUUCUACUGGGGCUGGUGGAUCUCCUGGGCGCCCUUCGUGGGCACGUUUCUCGCGCGCAUCUCCAAGGGCCGCACGCUCGGCGAGUUCAUCAUGUUCACCCUGAUCCUCCCCGUGCUCUACUGCGUGCUCUGGUUCGGCGUCUUCGGCGGCGCGGGCAUCCGCAUGCAGUUCGAGGCGCUCUACAACAACGACGACUGGGACUGCGGCUUCUCGCCGACGGCCGGCGACGACAUCUUCUUCGACAUGCUCGGCUCCUACGGCUCCCGCCAGCUGUCCUACGCGCUCACGGGCUACUCGUGGAUCUGCCUGCUCCUCUACUUCAUCACGUCGUCCGACUCCGGGUCCUUCGUCAUCGACAUUCUGGCCGCGAACGGCGACCCGGACCCGCCCCUCUUCCAGCGCGUCCUCUGGGCCAUCACGGAGGGCGCCGCGGCGACGGCGCUGCUCAAGGGCGGCGGCGGCGACCCGGACCGCGGCCUCAAGGCGCUCCAGGCCGUCUCCGUCGUCUCGGGGUUGCCCUUCACGAUCGUGCUCAUGUACAUGUCCCACGCGCUCUACAUCGCCGUCCAGGAGGAGGUCGGCGACCUCGACGAGUUCCGGCCCGACUUCCGGACCUCGUGCCUGGAACUGACGUGGAAGACUGUGCCGAAACCAACCACUGGUUUGGGUGGUCCUGACCAAACUUGA